UGCGCACUCGGUCCUAGCUGAACGCCUCACCGCCCUCCGCCACACACAAGAUGUCGGCGGGGAGGGCGACGCCUUUUGUCUCGGCGGUUUCCCUCCGGCCGCCAUGUUGGUGAGGGCGAGCGGGGCGCUGCGGGGCCUUCCCCGCGGCCUGCGCCUGCCGGCCACGAGAGGCCUCGGCGGGGCGGAGGCGACGGGCCCGACGACCGACUGCUUCGCGCUCAACCGCGCUCUGCUUCGACUCCAAGGCCCGGAGACCGAGCCCUUCCUCCAGGGCUUGCUGACCAAUGACGUGGCGCGGCUGGCGGCGGUGGGCGGGGCCUCGGAAGCGCCUCGCGCGCAAUACGCGCACCUCCUCAACGCCCAGGGGCGGUGCUUGUAUGACGUCAUUCUGUACAGGAUUUAUGAAAGUUCUCAAGAAGAGGGCCACAUUCUCUUGGAGUGCUUGUUUUGAGCAGUCUUCUGGACUCAGCCUUCUAGAAGGCAUCUGAAGAGGCUGUAUAAAAGAUCGAGAAGGAAAGUGAACAUCGCUCACCUUCUGCCAGGCUGACCUCUGCCCUUGUGGAGGCUGUCAUCCAGAAGAGCCAAGUCUGAAGGAGAGCUCCCCUGGGGGCCUCCAACACCACACCCGGCUAAACGAGUAGGUGGCUGCAACACUCGAAAGACCCCAGAGCCAGACGUUAUGGAGAUUUGGGAGACUGAUAAUUCGCCAUGAUGCAUUUUUACAAACCCGCUAGAGGUUGUUCCCAGAAGCCGAAUUGGAAAUAUUAGAGAUUAUCAUAGGCACAGGUACAAACAAGGU